AUGCCAAAUAAAUUAGAAAUAUCUGAUAGUAGUGAUCUAUUAUUUUUAGUUCGUAGUUUUAUUAAUGCUUUUAAUACAAACUUAAAUGAGGCUGGAAAUAUGGUUGAAAAACUUGAUAGUACUUAUGGAUCUUGUAUAUCAAAAGUUAUAACAAUUAAUGAUGUACAAUUAAUAGCAGCUUCUUUACAGAAUCAAAAACCUCAAUAUAUAAUUGUAACAGCAUCUACAAUACCAAAAGCUAAUGAGAUUAAAUAUGUAGUUAAAAAUAAUACUGGCUCAACAACUAUUAAAUUUACAAGACCUAAAGUCUUUUAUAAAUACUCACAAGCUAAAGAGGCCAUAGAUAUUAAUAAUCAAGUGCAUAAUAAUAUAACAUUAUUUCAUAAUAUUAUAUGA